AUGGUCGGAGUUGCUUCCGCCGCCGGCUUGGUCGGUUUCCUUUCGGAGCCCGAUCCGGAGCUCAAGGUCUUCGCGUUGAAGUCACUAGAUUCGCAAAUCGACCUCCUCUGGACAGAAGUUGUCAAUGCAGUUCCGGAGAUCGAGGCACUCUACGAAGAUGAAUCAUUCCCCGAACGCGAACUUGCAGCUCUGGUUGCCUCCAAGGUGUACUAUCAUUUGCAGGAAUACAAUGAGAGUAUGGUUUUGGCACUCGGUGCAGGCAAGCUGUUCAAGCUAGACAGUGGUGGCGAGUAUGAAGAGACAAUUAUUGCUAAAUGUGUUGACACAUUUAUCGCUCUUUCCGCCGCUCAGCGACGUAGCCGGGGCGAUCAAUCUGUCAAUCUCAACAACUCCUUCCCGGCCUCUGGCGACGGCGCGACAAGUACAUCUGCGAGCUUGACCUCCCCGAUCACACCAUUCUCCAAGUCUGCUUUGCCGUCCAAGUCAUUGCUUUCCCGCGAAGAGAGCAUAGGCGCUGAUGCUGCUCGCCCCAGCGGAGACAACUCGAGCGUUCAACAGGAUGAGACAUCGCUGGUCUUGAAGCGUGGUGUACAAGGGCAACUGCAGGCUGUCAUCGAGCGACUUUUUGAGGAGUGCUUCCGCCAAAAGCGGUAUCGCCAAGUUAUCGGCAUCGCUAUUGAGGCCAAGAGCUUGGAGGUGCUCCGCAUGGCUAUCCUCCGCGCCAGCCAAGAUGAGAAAAAGCAGCAGCAAGGCGAGUAUCGCAGAAGUGAGGAGCUCAUGGAAUACGUCCUGGACAUCUGUAUGGGCAUUGUUCAGGAGCGGGCCUUUCGAAGCGAGAUUCUCAAGCUCAUCCUCGAUUUGCUCAACGAAAUCCCUGCCCCCGACUACUUCUCGAUCGCCAAGUGCGUUGUCUACCUCAACGAACAUUCGAUGGCCACAAGCAUUCUCCGCCAGCUUGUCGAGAAGGGUGACUCUCGCUCCCUCGCAGUAGCUUAUCAGAUCUCCUUUGACCUUUACGACAAUAGUACUCAGGAGUUCUUGCAAAAGGUUCGCCAGGAGAUUGACGAACUGCUUCCUGAAGUUCAGGCUGAGACUGCGAACGAUGAAAACGCUGAACCAAAGGAGUCCGACCGACUGCUCGAUGACCAAUCGAACUCUUCCCGGCCAUCAAAUGAGCACUCUAAACUUUCCGACGAAUCAACACUUGCCUUCAAGAACAUUCUCAAAAUCCUUGAUGGCUUGAAGACCAUAGAGCUUAACCUCGAAUUCCUCUAUAAAAACAACCAGACAGACAUGGCGAUAUUGGAUAAGGUGCGCGACAGCCUGGAAGCUCGCAAUUCUAUCUUCCAUACCGCAGUUACAAUUUCGAACGCCUUCAUGCAUGCUGGCACGACCCGAGACAAAUUUUUCCGUGACAACUUGGAGUGGCUUGGAAAGGCUGUCAACUGGUCCAAGUUCACCGCCACGGCUGCCUUAGGUGUCAUUCAUCGCGGAAAUUUGAACCAAGGACAAACCCUUCUGGAGCCAUACCUUCCCAGAGACCAGAUUGCUGGAGUCGGGGGCGGUUCCAAUUCUGUCUAUAGCCAGGGAGGUUCAUUGUAUGCUUAUGGGUUGAUAUACGCCAAUCACGGCGGCAUGGCUGUUGACAUUAUUCGAGACUACUUCAAAAAGGCAACGGAAGAGGUUGUGCAGCAUGGUGGUGCGCUGGGUCUUGGUGUUGCAGGUAUGGCCACGGGCGAUGAGGGCAUCUACGAGGACCUGAGGAACGUCCUGUACACCGAUUCUGCUCUCAAUGGUGAGGCUGUGGGUCUCGCCAUGGGUCUCGUCAUGCUGGGCACUGGCAAUAUGAAAGCACUUGAGGAUAUGAUUCAGUAUGCACACGACACUCAACAUGAGAAGAUCGUCCGUGGCCUCGCGAUGGGCAUGGCUCUUAUCAUGUAUGGUCGACAGGAAGCUGCCGACGAGCUCAUCAAUGGGCUCUUGGGUGACCCUGACCCAACCCUUCGUUACGGUGGUAUCAUGACCAUUGCGCUCGCCUAUUGUGGCAGUGGUAGCAACAAAGCUGUUCGAAAACUUCUUCAUGUUGCUGUCAGCGACGUCAAUGAUGAUGUUCGCCGUGUCGCCGUGCUGAGCUUGGGUUUCAUUCUCUUCCGGAAGCAUCAGAGCGUUCCGCGCAUGGUGGAGCUGCUCUCCGAGUCCUACAAUCCUCAUGUCCGUUACGGUGCCGCUAUGGCUUUGGGUAUUUCUUGCGCCGGAACUGGGCUGGACGAAGCAAUUGACCUCCUCGAGCCAAUGCUUAAAGACUCAACGGACUUCGUCCGCCAGGGUGCUUUGAUUGCUUUGUCCAUGGUUCUCGUUCAACAAAACGAGGCCAUGAAUCCCCGUGUCACAAGCCUUCGAAAAGCCAUGUUGAAGAUGAUUGGCGAUCGUCACGAAGAUGCCAUGGCCAAGUUUGGCUGCGCUGUAGCCUUGGGUAUCAUCGAUGCUGGCGGCCGCAACUGCACGAUCAGCUUGCAAACUCAAACUGGCAACCUCAACAUGCCGGGCAUCGUCGGUGCCGCUGUCUUUGUGCAGUACUGGUACUGGUUCCCCCUCUCUCACUUUUUGUCCCUCAGCUUCACCCCUACUGCGGUGAUUGGUGUGGACCAGAAGCUGGAAGCCCCAAAGUUCAAGUUCCACAGCAACACCCGACCCAGUCUCUUCGAUUACCCCCCUGAGCAACAAGUGAAGGCCGAAGAAGCUCCCGAGAAGGUCAAGACUGCGGUGCUUUCUACUACUGCACAGGCUAAGCGCCGCGCACAGCGGCGAGAGAAGCAGGCUCGCCGAGAGAGCAUGGACAUUGAUCAAACGCCAACGACACCCAAGCUUUCAGAUCAAUUACCCGAGAAGAUGGAUGUUGAGGAGGGAGCUGCUGCCGUUGACGGAGAAGAGGCCGCCAAGGAUGGCGAGAAGACCGUUGUCGACAAUCAAAGAAAGAAGGCAGAACGGGAAAAGGUCGGGUACGAGCUUGACAACAUGUCUCGAGUUCUUCCGCCUCAGCUCAAAUACCUGACUUUCCCUGAUCCUCGCUAUGAGCCUGUCAAGAGGCCUACUGGCGGUGUGGUCGUCGUCCUCGAUAACCAGCCCGAGGAGCCUCGAGAGACAAUUGAGCUUGAGGCGAGCCGCAAGAAGCCUCAGGCCCCCGCCUCUGCGGGUGAAACCCUUCAAGACCGACUUCAGGCUGCGAUAGGCGCGGCCGCCUUGCAGACACCUUCCCGUGCUGCUGCUCGCGCUGCCUUGUCCGACUACGCUUCUGCAAGUGGUGCAGCGGCCGCCGCCGGUGUUCUGACCGCUGUAGAUGAAGACGAGGAGGGCGCCGAAGAUGCGCCCGUUCCAGACGAGUUCACGUACGAAACAGAUGCCGAAGACGAGUAA